AUGAAUAAAUUCGCAGCCACUAUGUUGGGUAUGGCCCUUGCCUCCUGCGCAAUGGGCGUUUCAACACCCGUCGUCCUCGACAAGCCCCUUUUGGAGGGAAAAGACGAUAGAUUCGCAGUAGUUCUCCACCAUCACCAUGCUGCUGAUGUAGCUGGUACUCCUCACAAGUUGAGGUUUUUGAUGCUGGUGCCCAAAUUGGGAGCUGAUUUGACCGGCGGAUUUGCAUCGGGACUCACACCUGUCGUCCACGCCAACAUGACACUUGGCGAAGGUGAGCAUUUGACAGAAUUGGUUGGACUUUCUGACUGCGCCACCUGGCUCGCUUUCGUUAUGGGCGUUUUCCAUACAGCGACCGGUUCAGUCUCCUUCAAGGCCUUCCACGGUCUUAAGGGUGCCUUGAAACUUGACGUAGGAGUCGGCCCCGUUGCAGAUUUUGUUAAGGACCACGUCCACAACCCCGUAAUGGCCGGAAUGCUCAAGUUGAUGCCAUCACAUCUCUUAACACACAAGCUUUUGGCUCUUUUCCCUCAUGCUCAUUAA